AUGACGGAUGCAGAAGACAUCAUGCAUAUGAUAGAUAAGACAAAUGUGGUAGACAUAAGAGAUGUGGUAGACACAACAAACAUGCUAGAUGCAAUAGACGUGAUAGUUGCAACAAUUAUGAUGAAUGCAAAGGACAUGACGGAUGUGAUGAAUGCAGUAAACACAAUGGACACAACAAAUAGGCAACUAAUAUUGGAUCUUGAUUUGCUCAUGGUGCUAGAUCACAUGAAAAGAUUGAAAGAAGUAAACAUAAUAGAAUUUUGUGCAAUGACUUUCAACAUUGGGUUAAUAGCAACUAUAUGUCCUUUGUUCAAACAAGAGGUAUUGUGUAUUGUCCUCACGUGGACUAAUGUUAGAAGUGAGGAGCAGAUGAUUGACAUGAGAUUGGAUAGGGUUUUCUUCAACUCUCACUGUCUAGACGCAUGGGACGACAUUGGGUGUUCAGACAAUACUAUAGAUGCCAAUUAA